GUUAGUUCUAAUUACGCGUAGAAAGCGCACAUCUAAAUCAAGAAUACAUACAAUGCUGAUGCAUCUUGCAAUUGCAGAUCUACUUUUUCCAGGUUACUUUCUUAAUGAUGCCUCUUGAAAUUGGCUGGGCAGUUACAGUGUCUUGGGAAGCAGGAGAUGCAAUGUGUCGAAUAAUGGCCUUCUUCAGAAUGUUUGGUCUAUACCUAUCAUCUUUCAUUCUAGUUUGCAUAAGUAUAGACAGAUAUUAUGCUGUCAUGCGACCUCUCCAAUUGUGGGAUGUUGACAAGAGAGGAAAAAUUAUGCUAUGCUUUGCAUGGGUAGGAUCAAUUGUAUGCUCAAUGCCACAGAUGGUAGUAUUUCAUUUGGAAAUCCAUCCAAAUAUCUCUUGGUAUUCGCAGUGUGUCACAUUUAACACUUUUCCUACAUACACUCACGAAAUCACAUAUUCUCUUUUUGGUAUGAUCAUGAUGUAUUGGUUUCCUCUUGUCGUGAUAAUAUAUACAUAUACAAACAUUUUGUUGGAAAUUUGUAGAAGAUCAAGAAAAAGUGAACGCGAUAAGAUUCGUCGUUCUUCAAUGGGUUUUCUAACACGAGCAAAAAUAAGAACUCUCAAAAUGACGGUAAUCAUUGUUGCUGUCUUUUUUGUUUGUUGGACACCCUAUUACGUUAUGAGCCUUUGGUAUUGGAUUGAUAGACAGUCAGCAUACAAAGUUGACCAACGAAUCCAAAAAGGUCUCUUUCUUUUUGCAUGUACGAACUCUUGCAUGAAUCCUAUUGUUUAUGGUGUUUUUAACAUAAGAGAUCGCAAUAAGGCAUCUGUACGACCAACCACCUUAGAAACUCGGAUAACUCCAUUAUCUUUGUCACUGAAACUUCUCGACUAAUGCAAGAUUUUUUAGUGUAAACGUGAGAGUAAUUAAAAAAGCAUUGUAAAUCAUGUUUACUCAGUAAAUCGAUUCUUACGAAAACCAGAUUUACAAAUUACUACAUUAAAGUAUUAAUAAAAUUAUUUUUAUGAAACAAAA